CGCCCCCCUCCGGUCACAAAUGGUAUGACUCCUGUACGCUGGGACGACUGUGUACAAUAUUCUCGUUGGUGUUACACGGCUUAGAAUACACAACACUCAAAACGGCUCAAAAUUCAAGAAUGGUGGCUAACUUCCACCCCCGCCAGACUGAGAGCACGUUGAACGGACUGUACAUCCCCAGUAUCACCGAUACGCUGGACAGUAAUGUGAAUGGCAGUAUGCAGGGCGGUAUGUCCAUGGCGCAGAUGGGUGGAAUGGGUCAUCCUCCUGACAUCAAGCCUGACAUUUCUGCCCUUACUUCACCCACCAGUACACAUGGUGGUUUCUAUGGCUUCAGCCAUGGCAUCCCAUCCAUGCCAUCAUCAACACAGCCAUCACCUGGCCAUCCAGGACCAAUGCACUCACCACCUCUCCACUCCCCUACAUCGUCCAUGGGAUCUCCUCUAGGAUCUCCCCCAAUGCUGUCACUAGGUGGAGGUCCGUCUCCAUCACCUCCAGGCAUGGGGAUGGCUCAUUCCUCUCUAACUAAUAAACAUAUCUGUGCCAUCUGUGGUGAUAGAGCAUCUGGUAAACACUAUGGUGUAUACAGCUGCGAGGGUUGCAAAGGCUUUUUCAAGAGAACAGUCAGAAAAGAGCUGACUUAUGCAUGCCGAGAUGACAAGAACUGUAUGAUUGACAAGCGUCAGCGCAACCGCUGCCAGUAUUGCCGAUACAUGAAGUGUCUCUCCAUGGGAAUGAAGAGAGAAGCUUUGUUGGCAGCUGUCCAGGAGGAGAGACAGCGUGUGAAAGAGAAGGGGGAAGAGGUAGAGAGUACAAGUGGAGCCAACAACGAUAUGCCGACAGAGCAGAUUCUGGAGGCUGAACUGGCUGUAGAACCUAAGAUUGACACUUACAUUGACACACAGAAGGAUCCAGUGACUAAUAUUUGCCAAGCAGCAGACAAACAGCUGUUUACGUUGGUGGAGUGGGCUAAGCGCAUACCUCACUUCACAGAAUUACCCCUUGAGGACCAGGUUAUUCUCCUUCGAGCAGGAUGGAAUGAACUGUUGAUUGCUGGAUUUUCACAUCGGUCUAUUGCUGUAAAAGAUGGCAUCCUGUUGGCAACUGGCCUUCACGUACAUCGCAGUUCUGCACAUCAGGCAGGGGUUGGGACAAUCUUUGACCGAGUGCUCACAGAGCUGGUGGCCAAGAUGAGAGAGAUGAAAAUGGAUAAGACAGAACUUGGCUGCCUGCGAGCCAUUGUACUCUUCAAUCCUGAUGCUAAAGGUCUGUCUGCAGUGCAAGAGGUCGAACAACUGAGAGAAAAGGUUUAUGCAUCUCUGGAGGAGUAUUGUAAAACUCGCUAUCCUGAUGAGCCGGGCCGUUUUGCCAAACUCUUACUUAGGUUGCCUGCUCUCCGCAGCAUUGGACUUAAAUGCUUGGAGCACCUGUUCUUCUUUAAACUAAUUGGAGACACACCAAUUGACACUUUCCUGAUGGAGAUGCUAGAAAAUCCUAGUCCUGCUACAUAGCCAGCAUGCUGAACCACUGUCAGACAGAGUCGGUGUAGGUAGUAGCUGGGGUGAGGGAUUAUUGUCUGUCAGUCUCAAGGGGAGACUCGCCGUCAUAAUAUUGAGCUGUGAAUACCAUCCAGCUGACCGGCUUCAGGACAGGCACUCAUCAUAAUGGGGAAUUGACUUGAAUCUUAAAUACUGAAGUGCUAGUAUUCACUCUCCUACCCAGAGUUCCAUGCAGCAAGCCAGCAUAGUACCUCUGCCACAGGCCAGAAAGAUGUGACGAUUCGUCACAUCUUGCACCGUUCAUUC